CGACCAACCAGCGAUUAAAGCUACCAGAAGGAGGGCCAAUACAGCAUACUCAGACUAGCAACCCCAGUGCCGGAACGCAGACUCGCGAACUCUUUGAUUUUGCGAGAAGGGAGAGUUUCCUUGUCGUGGAAGAACGGACGCGUGCGGGACAUACAUACAUUUUCGAAAAGCUGCAACAAUGGUUGAGUUUUCCCCACUACCGGUGCUCUUCGUUUCCAGCGUGCUCUACACAAUCUCAGCGUUCGACGCCGAGGGCGGCGAUGGCAACGGGACCAAGGCCUGGGCUAUCUUCUGCGGCCUCAUCUCCUCCUUUGUCAGCGGAAUCCUGGCAUUCUUGCAGGCACGGGGUAAGGGAGACAUGAUCCACAAGUUCCAGAAGUUCAUCGCUCUCUUUUUCUUCCUCUGGUGGACUCUCGGAGCCGGCAUCGGGACGUUCAAGGGGCCCUUUACGAUCUCAGGAAACGGUUACUUCGCGGGUUGGAUCGCCUUCGCGGCCUCCCUCAAGUACGCCUACGGCACCAACGAAGCCGUCAGGGGCUUCGCCGACCGCGCCGCUGACGCAAUGAAGGAGCACCAACCGACGGACCCGGACGGGGGCUUCGACCCGCAAGACCAGGCGGAGGCAUACGCUUAAGUCCAAAGCAGCAGCAGCCGCGAGAUGUUGGAAGUAGCUAUGAUGGGAAAAAUGGACAACGGCCAGCAUCGAAACGACGACUUGAGAAGCAGAGACAUGGCAACAAAUCGACAACCUGGAGCGAGCUCGUUGGCAAGGAAUAGCUGAGAGUUGGUCGGGAAGCGGGCAGCUAUUCGGUGUCCAAUAAGCUGACGCGUGGGGCGGGAUUAUUGAUUGAUGUUGCGCGCAAAAAGAAGCAGAUGUCGCUCGCGAGCCACACCGGGAGCUUCCGCGCACCAGUCAGGAAAACAAGCGUGGGGCUGAGGCCCACAAGCACGUGGUGUACGGCCGUUGUUGUUGUCGUAUAUUUCUCUGCUGUUGGUUUGUGUUCAUGUGUUUGUCUUAGUGUACAUCGAGACAUCCAGUGCGGUGUGGUGAAUACAUGCGCAUACGUCGAGGGGAACGCAUACGUCGAGGGGACGUCAAGAGCUUUGGCUCGCUGGUGGGCAGGUUUGCAAGGCCCAAGCACCGCGCGAUAAGCAAGGUGAUGGGUAUAGGGGAUAGGCAGCAGCAGCAUAGCAGUGAUAGCACUUGGAGUAGAUGGGUGGCACGCGGAGGACGUGGAAGGGGAGGAAAUGAGCGGUCGUCCCUUGCGGAAUGAUAACAGGUGGGGUCGGACGAGUGCCGCUCAGAACGUGUCCUUCACGCUCAAAACUCUUUUAAUCUUUCAAGCAGCUGGUGGCUUGUUCGAUGAAACAAUUAUCCAUUCGUGGAAACAAACAAUUGUUGACUUGAUGCCAUCAACCACUCACGUCAGCCCCCACGAUACGCGUUGGUUGCCUGAGAGAGAUACGUCAAAUGAGGCAUGGAAAAGGGGCACAAAAAUUCAUGACGCACACGAAACAGGCAGAAAUGCUCAUCAAACGCUUUC